AUGGCAGCUGCAUUAGAAUUAGCACCAGUGGCAUCGUCUUCCAGUAGGCCUCUUGUCUACCAUCACUCCCUACUUAACAAAUGCGAUGAUCAAGUUACACCACUCUUCAACGAUGAUGGUCCAUGGGAAAUCAAGAAAAAACUUAAAAAGAGUGAUGUUGGGAAACUGAGUAGACUUCUUCUGCCUCGUGGCAUGGUUGAGAAACACAUAUUCCGGUAUUGGGAUGAGGAACGUGUGCAGCGGUGGUUGGAUGAUAUUGAUGGGUAUCCCAUGAAGGUUAUGGAGUUCGAUACUUUGAAGGUUCAUGAACUAGUAUUCAAGAAUUGGAAAAGUAAUAAUUCCUAUGUAUUGCAAGGUGAAUGGAUUUCUAAAUUUGUUAAGCCCAUGGGGUUAGAAGUUGACGAUGAGAUUGGAAUGUUUUAUGAUUCAACGUCGGAUCGCUUUGUUUUCAAACUACUCAAGAAGCAUGUUUGA